GCGGAAGUGCGCGCAGAGACGGCGGAAGUGAUGGGAGACGCGCUGUCCGAGUCGGAGCUCGAGGAUUUGGUGCAUUUUUCGGCGCACGAGCUGCCCGCGCGCGGCUACGGCGUCAUGGAGGAGAUCCGGCGUCAGGGCAAACUCUGUGACGUCACGCUCAAGGUGGGGGAGCAUAAGUUCAGUGCUCACCGGAUCGUACUGGCCGCCUCCAUCCCGUACUUCCAUGCCAUGUUCACUUCCGACAUGGCAGAGAGCAAACAGGACCAGAUCCUCAUGCAGGGAAUGGACCCCAGCGCUCUGGAGGCCCUGAUAAACUUUGCAUACAGUGGACACAUUGCCAUAGAUCAGCAGAAUGUUCAGAACCUGUUGAUGGGAGCCAGUUUCCUGCAGCUUCAGAACGUGAAGGAGGCCUGUUGCAGCUUCCUCCAGCAGCGUCUCCACCCGAAGAACGUGUUGGGGGUACGCACGUUUGCGGAGACGCUCAUGUGCACGGCGCUAUACGAAGCUGCCAACAGUUUCCUGCAUCAAAACUUUGUGGAUGUCUCGGAGUCAGACGAGUUUCUGGCCCUAAGUCUGGAGCAACUUUUGGAGCUGACGAGCUGCGACGAGCUCAAUGUGCGGGCCGAGGAGCAGGUCUUCGAGGCAGUCCUGUCUUGGGUCCACCAUGAUCCCGGGCGUCAGGAGGUUCUUCCGGAGCUACUGGAGCAGAUUCGACUUCCUCUGUGCAGACCCCAGUUCCUCUCAGACAGAGUCCAGCAAGACCAACUACUGCGUUGCUGCCACAAGUGCAGGGAUCUCGUCGACGAGGCGAAGGAUUUUCACCUGAUGCCAGAGCUCCGCCCCCUUCCGGCCUUUAAACUCCGCCCCCGCGUGUGCUCGUCUUUGAGUGGUCUGUUGUAUGCAGUCGGUGGGCUCAGCAGCACAGGGGACUCUCUAAAUUUGGUUGAGGUCUUCGAUCCUGUAGCAAACUUCUGGGAGCCGUGUCAGCCAAUGAGAACGGCCCGCAGCCGAGUUGGCGUGGCUGUCGUCAAUGGUUUGCUCUACGCCAUUGGAGGAUAUGACGGCCAAUCACGGCUUAGCACAGUCGAGGUCUACAACCCCGAGACCGACACCUGGACCCGGGUCUCCAGCAUGAACUGCCAGAGGAGUGCGAUGGGGACGGUGGUGUUGGAUGGACACAUUUAUGUUUGUGGAGGCUAUGACGGAAAGUCUUCCCUCAACUCAGUGGAAUGUUACUCACCUGAGACUGACAGGUGGACCUUUGUGACGGAGAUGAGCGCAAGCCGGAGCGCCGCUGGAGUCACAGUUUUUGACGGGCGCAUCGUGGUGUCGGGCGGCCAUGAUGGUCUGCAGAUCUUCAACACGGUGGAGUGCUUCAGCCGGCACAGUGGUCGCUGGGCUCCGUUUGGCUCCAUGUUAAAUAAACGCUGCCGUCACGGUGCAGCAGCGCUCGGCGGGCAGAUGUUUGUGGCGGGAGGAUAUGACGGCUCUGCAUUCCUGAGCAGUGCUGAAGUGUUCAACUCCGAGAGCGGCCAGUGGAGUCUCCUAGUGCCCAUGCACACACGCCGCAGUCGGGUGUCCCUGGUGGCCUGCGGGAGGCGUCUUUAUGCCGUAGGAGGAUACGAUGGACAGUCCAACCUGAGCUCCACAGAGACCUUCUGUCCUCUGAGCCGACAGUGGAGCUUCUGUGCUCCCAUGAGCUGCCACCAGGGGGGUGUAGGGGUGGGCUGUGUGCCUCUUCCGCCCUCCUGACCCCACCCCCGCCUGACCCCGCCUGCCUGACCCCCUCUGGACUAUGGCCACGCCUCCUGGAGUCUGAUCCCACGGCGGCCAUUUUGGCGCAGGAAUAUUUUUGGACCAAACUGAGACAAGAGGACGCUGCUGUUUUAGGAACAUGGACACGUUUACCUCAGAGUGACCCUGGUGACCUGAGCUGUCAGUGACUGAGGUGACCCUGAGCUGACCUGAGAUGACCUGGAGUGACUGGGGUUGACCCUGUGGUGACCCUGAGCUGACCUUUCAUGAUCUUUAGUGACUGGGGCUGAGGGAGUUUCUGGAGUUUUUACUUGAUUCACAAACUGUUGAGACAACGCUGCUCAAACCUUUGGUGAAAUAAUGUAAUUUAAUAAUAAUAAAUUAUUAAAAUAAGGG